AGGUGUGUUUGUGUUAACUUCCUGUGACGUGCCGAGUUUUGUUUUGAUGAUUCGUGUUUUCGUUUGUCGAUGUUACUAGAACACGUAUUAUAAGGUGAACAGCGUCGAUAGUGACUGCACCGUGGUCAAAUACGGUCUCGCACCAUGGGAGAUGUUGGCGGAGAUGGGAAUCCUCAUCCAGAGGUUUUACGAAAUGAAAAUCCAGCUUUAGUCAGCAACGUGUUUUCUACAGGUGUGGAGGUGAUACAGACCUACGGCUGGUUCCUGCUUGCUGGUGUUCUACUCCCUUUCUACCUGCGGAAAAAGUUCCAGGCAUCAUGGGACAAGAUGCAGAAGUCUCGAGAGGAAGAGAGCUACAAGAAGCUGACAUUUUUUUUCAUAGACCAAGUUUUAGUUCCAAAUGUAGGUGUGGCUCAGAGCCGCCAUGAGGCAAUGGAACAGUCUCGACAGCGUAUGCAGGAACAGCUCAAUGCCCAGGCAGAAGAAUAUGCAGAGAAACAGAGAAAGAAAGAGGAAGAAAAGAGGAAACAAAAGAUUGAAGAUUGGGAUCGUCACUUAGAAGGAAAGGGCUACAGAUCCAGGUAUAAGCCGAGACACAAAGUUAACCCAGAAAUCUGUAAAUGA